AUGAGUCGUCUAGUUAUACCAAGAUUCAGAGGUACACAUAACCUAACAGUACUGCUACUUCUAUUAUGGCUUUUAACUUUUAUAUACCAUGAGCGUUAUGUUCCGUACAAGUCGGCAAACUCUUGUCUCUGGCCUGAAUUACUUGAGCAACAUGAUAGCGGCAGGACUAACGUAUUAUUUAUUGCAGACCCACAACUUAUAGAUAGACAUACAUAUCCCAAGAGAAAUGAAUUCUUGUUAAAAUUGUCGCAGCAUACAGUUGAUGUUUAUAUCCAUAAAAAUUAUAAUUCGAUCAUGAAUAACCUUAAACCUGAUUACGUGUUUUUCUUGGGUGACUACUUGGAUGACGGUAGGUCCUCAACAGAUGAAUACUUCUAUAACCAAUUGGAUAGAUUUAACAAUAUCUUCCGUAAAGAUGAGUAUACGAUUAAUGAAAACUUUUUUGUCAAUGUGGCAGGGAACCACGACAUAGGAUGGGCAGAUGGGGUCAAAGUAAAGGCCAAGGCGAGGUUUAUGGAAACAUUCGGCAACCCCAACGCAAUAGUCAAUAUCAAUGAUGUUGACUUCGUAACACUUGAUUCGAUAUCACUUUCGUCAUCUGUAAAUAACAUACAUCAUGAUUCAAGGCAAUUUUUAGACGAGAAUUUCGGCGAUGCCGAUAGCAAGAAGGAUAAGCCAAGAGUGUUACUAACACACGUUCCGUUGCACCGAGAUGUCAAAGUUAAUAAAUGUGGGCCAUUAAGAGAAAAUCCGGUCUUCCAUUUGGGUGGUGGUUAUCAAUAUAAGCUGGCUUUGGAACCUGAUAUAUCACUGGAAAUUUUGAAAAGAAUAAAACCAAAUAUCAUAUUUUCUGGCGACGAUCACGAUUACUGUGACAUAAAUCACACAGAAGUCGCAAAUGACCCUGUCACCAGAGAGAUCACUGUCAAAUCUAUCAGUAUGGCCAUGGGAAUUCAAUACCCUGGUGUGCAACUUUUAUCGUUUGUCAAUGGAGACCCGGAAAACGAAUUUUCUACCGAGUUUAGUUAUGACACUAAACUAUGCUAUUUGCCGUCACCCUACACAGAUAUAGUAACUUACGUUGCUCUUGCGGUAUUAUCAGGAUUUUUGAUCCUCUGGUGGAACAUCAAGCAUAGGUCUUCUCGCUACAACUACUCCGUUUUGCCCAUGCAAUCUGGACCGUCUACGAAUGCUACGAAGAUAUCCAACUUCUUAAAAGAACAGGAGGAGGGUGCUUCUUAUUCCGUUUCUAUUCCAAAAUACACCUCAACUUCUCUCGCAACUUCCGAAGGCUAUUCUUUUAAGGACAAUUUGAAAUUUAAAAUUUCGAACUUUAUUAAAAAAUGGAACAUACAUGGCUUUUUAAAACAGAGUAUACUAUUAGCCGUCCUUAUUAUACUGUUGUAUUAUAUAGGAUUUUGUUUAACUCUAUAA